CUUGGUCAGACAUACAUAGGUUCAUUGAUUACUACGUAACUCGGAGAAUCCAGAUGUUCUACUUCAUUCCCGAAAAAUAUUUCCAUUUUUGGAAUACAAAUUUUGAAAAUACGAUUAAUUUUCACGAUAAUGUUCGCCGUUACGGCGAGAGGUUCUGGUGGGUCAUGUUCAAGUUCGACAUUUCGUAGGAAAAGGGAAUUUAUACCAAUUGUUCUAACUGGGGAGCGAAGAGGGAAUGAAAUUGUUGGAAAAUUAAAGAUCAAUCGGCCACCCGGGGAGGAUGCAAUUUCGGAUAGUGACCAGUGGCAGCAUUACGCACUCGUAAUAGAGUUCCAUGGACAAACCACAACCAUGGACUCGUCUGGAAGAAAGUGUCAAAUCCCUUUGGCGCAACUUGCACCGGAAGAAAAUUCAGAAUUUAUUUGCCACUCAAGAUUGUUUGCAUUACUCUCUGGAGCAGAAAGCGGUCUAAAGAAAGGUGAAGGUCCGUUCGUUCCCACAAAGUUACGAAAUCCACCCUCAUUCCCGUUCAAAAUUCGGCUCCCCGAAAAUCACGAACUUCAACUCCCCGCCACCAUUCUAUAUCACGUCGAUUUCUUUCUCGUACUUUAUCUCCGGACGGAACAACACGGAUAUAAAAUAAUUACUGCAAGAAGUCUACCACGAUUUCGAGGACAUAAUUUGAUAUCUUUUCAAAACACGUGGGAAUCCCUCAGAUGGACAAAAACGACCAAAAAUGUCACAAUUGAGGUCACCUCACCCCACAAAUUUUACACAUUUUGGCCCAAACGACCCAUCCUUGUCAAGUUGACGGUCACAUUUACCCAAGAAAAUUGCAGUGGUACAGAAAUCCCGGUGCUGUUUGAGGUCUCUGUCGUACAAAGGAUUUUUUCCCGACGGAUCAAAGUCCGGGAGACAGUGAUCGACGCAAAAUCGGAGGAAAACCCGGUAAACAGUUUAAAACUGACGUACCGUGCGCACUUGAAUGAGCCAAAGUACAGGAUUGGGGACGACGAUAAAAUGCUGGUUGCAUCAUUUAACCAAAAUCCUGGGGAGGAGGAGGGAUUGAAAAUUCGGCACUAUUUGAAGUUCAACGUUGUCUUCCCCUUGGAUUCUUCUUACCCAAGAAAUUUAGGAGGAGAAGAGGAAAUAUUCUGCGCGACAGGGACCCUUGACAUUGAGCACGAUACCAGUAGAACCGGUACCCAGGGGGACCAGAGACCAGGCCUUUUUGCCAGGAUGAGGUCACAAUCCGUGUCAUCUCUCUUUCCACCGUCGUACUCUCGGGUCCCGUCUCGUCGGGGGUCCCUCAUCUCGAUGGAAACAUUGCCUCCGCAUUACGACGAUAUACUUGAGCUAGAAGAAAAGCUGAAAACUCUGAAUGACCGAAAUUUAUCUUAAAUUUGUGCUUAAAUUUGUGUAUGUAUCUUAAAAAAGUAAAUGUUUCGUAUUUCUAUAUGGGUAGAUUCAGUGUGCAUAAACUUUUUUAUGGUCCGUGGUUUCUCCUAAAGGGGUGAUGCCAGGAUGAAAAUUUGUAUUCAAAAAUUAAAAGUUGGGCAAUUGGAUACAAUUUUGCUGCGGAUUUGAGUGGUUGUCAUGGCAAAAGUGCAUGCAAUUCCCCAACCUUUAAUUUUUGAAUACAAAUUUUCAUCAUGGCAUCACUCCCAUAGGAGAAACUACGGACAACACAAAAGUCUGAGGUAGGGUGUACACAUUAUUUGCAGUUUUUUUAUUUCUGUGCCAAACAAAAUAUUUUAGUUCCGCAUAAAUAUCUCCCUGACUUUGGCCAACGUGUAAUUGAAUCCGAAUAAAUACUCAUUGAAUUCAAAUGUA